AGCCGGAAGCCGCCGGGCGAGUCCGCGGCGACGCGCCGGAAGCCGCCGGCCGGAAGCUGCGGGGCGGGCGGUGGCGCUCCCGGAAGUGGCGCGAACGUCGCGUGCGUGCAGGCGGUGCGUCCGGCUGCAGGAGAAGAUGGCCGUCUCCACAGGAGUUAAAGUUCCUCGUAAUUUUCGCUUGUUGGAAGAACUUGAAGAAGGACAAAAAGGAGUAGGCGAUGGUACGGUUAGCUGGGGCCUCGAAGAUGACGAAGACAUGACACUUACCAGGUGGACAGGCAUGAUUAUUGGGCCACCAAGGACAAAUUAUGAAAACAGAAUAUAUAGCCUGAAAGUAGAGUGUGGACCUAAAUACCCAGAAGCUCCUCCAUCAGUUAGAUUUGUAACCAAAAUUAAUAUGAAUGGAAUAAAUAAUUCCAGUGGAAUGGUGGACGCACGGAGCAUACCAGUGUUAGCAAAAUGGCAAAACUCAUAUAGCAUUAAAGUUGUACUUCAAGAGCUAAGACGUCUCAUGAUGUCCAAGGAAAAUAUGAAGCUUCCGCAACCACCAGAAGGACAGACGUACAACAAUUAAUUCUAGUGGAUCUCAAACUUGUCUUAAAUCAGCAGCCUCUACUCAUGUUAAUGUCUUGAUCGAAUAUCACCAUGCAGAACACCCACACAUUAAGUCAGACAGUUCCAGCUGGCGACCACGACCUGGACGUUUGUAGGAAUGUAUCUAACAUGUGUACACCCGUUAUGUUUUCAGGCACAGGAGGAAGACGCCGCACACCUUCUGUCUUGUUCGGGCUCUGUCUUUCAAGCGUAGGCCUGGAGCGCUCAGAGAAGGACUCAGGUGAGAGCCUGGCAGGCAGUGUCCAAGCUGUGGCAGCGCGUGCUCCUGAGAGUGAAGGUCUCGGGAAGGAGGACCCCAGGUGGCGUGCUUUGUCCGUCUUGCUUAGUGAGAAAGCUUCGUUGAAACUGUCUGAAGUAGCAGGACAAUGAAUGUUGUCCCAGACUGUGUUAAGUUUUGAAGCGGUGUGGGUGCUGACUGCUAGUAGUAUCGGAAAUAUGUUCAGGUUUGUUGUGACACCUGUAUUUAUAAUAAAAACAUGCCGUGGGGGAGGUGGGUGAAUUUCUGUGGCAAGCUGUUCCCCUGUGCUCCAUGUAACAGCCGCGGUAAAUACGUGUUUACUGUCUUUGUCGGGCGAACCAUGCGUUUGCGUUUAAGUAAAGCCAACGAAGAGGAAAUAAGUGUAUGGCUAUGUGAUUCUGAGACCACAGUCAGUCUUAAGUUGUAAAUAAAACGUGGAACGUGUCAUCGGAAACCGCGCUGUUCCUGUUACAUUGACGCGUGUACAGCACCUCCCAGGUAGCAGGAACCGGAGUUCCCACACCUUCCUUCCUUAUCUCGGACUGUCUAGUUCUGGGAAUUGGGGUUUGCAGAGCAUUUCAGAGGACAGAUUACUUUGUCUUCUUGUUCGGAGAAGGGGAGUCCCAGGUAUCCCGGUUUGAAUUUGAUGUCACCAGGAAUAUUAUUAAAAAGGUGUUUGAGUUCCAGCAGUUCUUACAGAAUCACAGAUUGCAGAUUAUCCAAAUGUACAUUCUGUUUUUCUUCGUAACGUCUCCCUCCAGCGCUCUCCCUGCCGACUGGGGUUCAUUCUGUCCACCCGCUUUUCCUCCACGUUGGCAGGUACAUAGUCCACCUGCUCUGCUUUUACCAAAGUGACUCGAGGCUUCUGGUCCGUGUUUUCCUCUCAGAGCACUUGGGUGUACUGCUUUGUUGAAACGCUUUUUUCUUAUGAAUCCACUGAAGAAAAUAGAAAGGUGGUCGAGUAACAGGGACAGACUUCUCAAACACACCAUGACAUGCUUUUAUCAAGUGCGUUCAUAGUUAAGGCUCUGAGCUGCUUUUUCUCGGCCAGUGAUACCUUCAGGUCGGCAACGUUUUGUCUAAACUUACUGAUCUCAACAUGGCUUUAAUUAUCAGAGAUGUUAGAAGUGACACAUAGAGAAUAUAUACAUUAAAUUAAUGCAUGUCUGCUUUAUUAAAAUAGGUUUGAAAUGAACUAUUACCUUGGCAAACAUUCUUAAAAAUUUUAAAUGGUUGAAUGUUAAGUUGAAUUACACCGACAUCAAAUGUAAGAGUCUGGUGGUCACUGAUGAACUAAGUCAGUCUCUAGUACCUUCUCCGCUUUGAGAGCGUGUCUCGUCCCACGUGGGCACUGACCACCGUGUGGAAGCUGCCACAUGGCUUCCGGGCUGGGGGCUGGGGGCCUGGGGCUGGUCCUCCCGUUCUGCCUCCUUUCCCCGUGCCCGCUGCUGUGAGGGCUUCCCCCCGCGUAUGCUGGCUGAGUCGAGCCCAGGAGGCGUUGUCCUCCUCUGGUCUGGGGACUGUGGGUCUCGCAGACGUCUGCAUGCCCGGAGCCAGUGCCCAGGGCGGAGCCCGCCACGCCAGCACAGUCAGGACGCGCUUGGCAGCCUGGGUCGUGCUGGUUGGUUACAGGAGCUACCGGGAAGCCGCUCUUAAUGACACUAACUUUUCUAAGACAGCAGUUUUGAAGCAGUUUUUCCUUUGUUUUGUAAAGUGGCUAAGGUUGUAGGCGUGGGUGGUAUUAACUUAAAUGAACUGUGAAAAUGACUUUUGAAAUUUGUUUGAGAGGCCCCGGCACGUAGGACUCUAGGAGAUGAUCCUGUGUUAAUAAAGGUCAUGGAGGUAAACCACUUGUCCUGCUGGAUCAGUGCUGUGCUUCGCUGGUUUUAAUUACUGACUUUCAGAAUUGCUCAUUUGAAAAAAUAUUGUUACUAUUUUAAAGUGAUGGUGUUUGUUGUUCUAGGUUUAUAUGUGACUUUCCAGGAGUUUGGAACUUAAACAUUUGUAAGGAGAGUUGAUGGUAUUUGAGUCUUUGGGGUGUAAAACAGAACAAAAUUUGUAAUUUUUUUUUGCUUUUUUUAUUGAGUUAUAGUCAUUUUACAAUGUUGUAUCAAACAAAAUUUGUAAUUUUAAAUUGUCUUUUGAAAAGAAUUUAUCACACUUCAAAUUUGAGUAAGUGCUUGGAAUGUGAUUUAAUUUGAUUUGCACAUGGUUUAUUGGUCUGGAUUACUUAAUACCAAUUUGUUGAUUUAAAUACUUCCCACUAAGUAUGUAUUAUUACUGAUAAAUACAUAUGAAAUUUAUAUUGUUUUGAAAAUUUAGAGGACGCGCUGGAGAAUAUUCAUGCAUUUUCCUUAACAAAUUUGGUGUGUCAUGGCUUUGGGUAGUUCUGGAAGGUGCAUCAUGAAAUUGUAGACUUUGGUCAAAACUAUGUUAGCUCUUUUAAUGAGCACAUGACUAUGUUCUUAUGUACAUUGUGAAGAAUGUGAGUGCUAAUGGUAAAGUCUUCUAUCAUGAGUAAUAGGAUUUGGGGUUAUGUAAGGGGUUGCCCCCCAGGAUUCCCCCAGGAUCCAAAAGACACUGCUUUCACUCUUCUUGUAAGUAUCAGUGUGAUUUUCCAAUACCAACUUGAUUGGCUUUUGGUUAUUUUCACAAAAAGGGUCCAAAUCCUAAGGUUUUUGGAAAGUGUGUAUAUUCUGUGUAUAAAAUAGAAACAUUAUGAAGAGCAGUGGCUUUGGGGUGUUACAGCCUUGAACAGGAGUGUUAGCGGUUAAUUCCCACCCAGCACUGUGUUCAGUAAAAGUCAGGAAAUGCAUGCAGGUAGAUGAUCUUUUAUGCUAAGACUGAUAGGCCUCGUUGGAGUCACUAAACAGCAGGUGGGGAUCUUGCCAUAGGUCACGCUGAAGAUGCUGCUUAUUUACAGAGGAGAGUGGGGCACUGACAGAGGUUCACCGUGCGCGUUUUCUGAAGAGAAAAUUAAUGGAGGUUUUUGAUGACACAGAAAAUAAGUGAUAAGUCAAAACCAUCAUUUUGUGAAGUAAGGGAGUUUAAGGAACUCGUGGAGUGAGUACAUGAUUGAAGAAAUGACUGGAUAUGAAGAGGUUGCCAUGGUGUUCACAUCUGUAGUGGGACAUUCUCACCUAAAAAAAUUCCCAAAGUUCUGCUCCAUUUCAUUUUUACUUGUAAAACAUCAACACGAGACUUUUCCUGCAAGUUCAUUCAUGAAAUCAGUGAUGAAAGCCAGACAGAGCUCAGUUUCCUGACCCUGUCCAGUGAGUAGCUGACCAAAUGCCACGUGAGGUCGGGCAGUGACCCCUUUGCUCCACGUGUAGACUCACCAUGUCAUUCUUUUGUCUUCUCCUUGUUCGGGGACAAGCAGCUACUUCCCUUUGUCUGAGAUUCUGGUGGCCAAAAUUGCACAGAAUGAAGUUAAUACUACACCUUCAGAGGAAGACUGGGAGCUGGCAUCGAGAAGCCGGCGGUAGUGAGGGUCCUGGGUCAGCAAAGCAGCAAAUCCUUGAGCUGACGGAGAGUGGCAGCUUCCCUCGCCCGGUGUGGUGGCCGCGCGGUGGGAGUGCUGCUCGGAGACGACGGGCAGUGUCUCUUCCUUCCUCUAACCCAGCGGGAAAACAGGCUUUAACAAUAGGUAACUGUACAGAGUAAUCUGGGAAGUGUGCAGUGUAAUGGAAAGAGAUAUUGACAGGACACCCUCGUUAAAAUGUAGUAAAACUAGUCGCAAUACUUAAUGCCGUGUUUCGGGGUCCAAGGACUCAUCCUUCUGCGGUCAGCAAGCAUGGUAAUUGCGGAUGCUUUAUUACACAGAGGUGCGGCUUUACAGCCUUGGUGGUUUGUCGGCCCUUGGUUUGAGGGGAAAAAGUAGGUCUUCCUCUCGGCUGACACCUGACAAAGAGGAACGUAUUGCCUGCUGCUCUCCAGCCACGUUGUCCGAGUAAGCCCUGGUUGUCAGGCGUCCAGGCUGCAGCCACUCUCAUGAACUGUCUUUGUGCCACUGUGAUUAAACCCGGAUAAAUGUAAUGGCUGUGUGGUCAAAUUUAAAAGUGGACGAUAAGCUUAAAAAUUAAUUUUAAUACUCAAGUGAAGAUAAUUGAGUUCACAAGAAAAGCAAACUCUAAUUGCCUGGAUAUCCUGAUCUUGAGUAACGUAUAGACUUCUUUAAGGAGAAAAAUAAUUCUUUUGGACUCAGUAUUGUCUUGAAUUAUUUUUGUUGAAUAUUGUUUAAUUCAUAGAACUCUGUUAAUGCAAAUGUAUAAACUUCUUAGUCCUUAUAAAAUUAUGAAACAAGUUAACACAAUUGCACAGUAAUUAAACUAAUUUAAUAUUGAGAAUGUUUUACUGAAUUAAUCUCUGCUUGAAAUGUAAAUACUGUCUCUUCUUAGCUUUUUUGUUGUUGUUGUUACUGACUGUACUGUGGUGUGCUGCUGGGCCGAAAAUUUUUCUUACCUUUUUUCUCUUGCCAGACUGCUACAAGAAAUCUUUGCUGUGUUCUCUGACCUUCAUGUGGUGUGAGUGCAAGUCUGCGUUGAGCCCACCUCCGUUCUGUUAACCAGAGAGCUAAGAUUCCUGAGUGUUGUGCGUCCACUUUGAGACCGCUUUGUCUUAAGCCCUUGAUUCUGAAGGGUUAGUGGCGUUCGCUUGGCUGCGGUUGUACAGGAGCGAAAUGGCCUAUGAUUGGUGAUAUUAAUAACGUCUUCAAUCUGGUGACACAUUUAAUCAGUGGUGUCUGAAGGCUGAGUGGGGUGGGUCCUCAGGUUUGGUGGUUAGAGGUGCUGGAUGUGGUGACUGUCUACAAAGUGGCCCUCCUCUGCUUGCAGCUGCCCACCCACCCCGGUGACCCCUCACCUGUGACCUCUGCAUUUCCCUUUCCGUCAGCCUGUGGCCCCCUCUGUUCUUACGACCAGCCUGUCCUGUUCCUGCCGUGCGGGGCCUUCCUUUCAGCCCUUCCCCACCACCCCGUCCCGGGUGUGGCCCCUUGUCCUCUCCCUCUGUUGUCAGCCCCAGCCACGAGUUCGGAGGGUACUCCUGAGAGGAGGCCGGGACCGUUUGCUGUGCAGAGACUCCCCCUGCUGUGCCCUCUGGCCACCACCUGUUUCCUCUGCUCCCUUUUCCACGCUCUGAUCUGCAGGUCUGUCCCUCACCCUUGACACAGGGUCCUGGCUUUACUGGCCUCUGAGAGUUGACGUCCAGGCCACCCAGUGGGGUGGUGGUGACCAUCACAGUAAUAAAGCUGUUAUGUUAUUUAUAAAUGUAUUCUGAUAAUUUAAUUAUAUUCUUUGAAUUUUUAAAAAUAUCUGCAAAGUACAUUUUUUGAAACUAAAAAUCAAAAAUUGGAUGUUUCUUUAUUUGAGCUAUUUAAGAUUAUUAGAAAUACCAUUUUUGGAAAACAAUGUAUUUGGCUACAAAGAAAUGUUAGAAUCAUUUGUUUGGGUUAAGAAUUAUUGAAACUAUGACUGCCAGAAACUAGGUAGCUCUUUAUGUGACACAGACUACUGAUUUCUGUUGUGCAGACAGAUUGAGAUGUGUUUUCCAGGAUGUGUCUCCCUGUGUUAAGUCCUUGUGAACGGCUGCUGACUUAGGAUCAAGCAUACACAGUGCUGUGGCGGCUGCAGGUUGGUGUUGGGUGUGAUCAGCUCUUGGUUAUCGUGGGGACGGCCAUGCCUGGGGACCUCCUCUGGCUCCCCUCCCUGACAGCCCCCGAGCCGGUACAGCGGGCUCUGAGCCAGACAGGAUGGAGGAGGGGUCCACGAGGGGCAGUGAGGGGGCUGGUGCCAGUCCCGGGGCUCUGCCUGGUCGCUUUGGGCCACUUGGCCCUGUACCCACCCUCCCUCCCUUCUGAAGUGGCCCUGUAGAGUGUGGUUUCAUGAACUGUUGUGAAUGGUUUUAAUCACAGUCUGAUGCAGAAUGAUGAGUAGACAGCAGCGUUUACAAGUAUAAACCCAAGAACAUUCCGUCUUAAAUUACAUUAAGACACGCAUCUGCAUCAGGCCCACACUCCGGGGUGAAGGGUGGGCUGACUGCAAGAGGUUACGUGAGGUUGUGUGGGCCACGUGAGCGCUGGUGCACCCCAGACCAAGUUAACUUUUGCGGGUGGGUGAAGCCAGACAGGUGGGCUUCUGGGGGCCCGCGAGUCCUGUGUGCCUGGCACACCGCCCUUACCCGCCCCACCUGGGGCAGAGGCCCUGCUGGAGGCUCCAGCGACAGGUCUUCAGGGUGAAGUCCCUUGGAAAGGGGUAACUUGUACUGCAAAAGAAAGCUACGAAGCUUGUGUUUGUUUCGACGACAUCGCAGUGUAAAACCUCACACGUGCAGCCUGUGUGGGGUUAAUGUGUGCUGAGGAACGUGCUAAGCUGGGGAAGGAGAUGACAUGUGAAGUUUGGCCCCACCCCCACCCCCACCGAUCUUUCUCUCCUGAGUGUAGUCACAGUGAAGUCACCUGAGUUCUGACCCCACCCCCACCCCCAGAGUACAUCUGCAGUAGGAGUUUCCAGUCUUGGUAAAUGUCUGUGUGGUGCUUACAGGAGAAUCUUCCUCACCCUUGCCUUCUGGACAGAUGGGGACCUCAGUAAAUGUUCAUCCAAUUGGUUUUUGUCUGUCAGAGUUAAAAUGUGGGUUAAGUUAACAAUAUUUGCUGAUAAUUCCCCUGCUGAGUUCUCAACGACUGGUUUUGAAUACUGAUCUCACCACUGACAGUUGUGAGAUUUUGGUCACUUGGCUUCAUUUGGUUAGUUGUCAUUCACUCAUAAACUUAGUAGAAGUGUAUGAGGUCCCUGCAGGCCACCAGGAGUGCGUUCUCACAGUCCCCCGCCGGGGCUUAGACGAAGGCAGGUGGCGGCGCUCCGGGAGCACCUGCCCUCCUGGGACUAAGUUUCUGAGGCUCUUGAACAGCUACAAGUGUGUGGCGUGUCUGUUACACGGAAGGUCAGCCGCACUUAAGUACUGCUUUGCUCCUCCUCCUGGUGUUUGGUGACCUGUAAUUAUUGAAGAAUUUCACUGUCAUUAACAAAAAAAUCUGUAAGGCUCGGCCAGCCCGCGUAUUCUCUGGAGCAGUCUCCUCUCCCACGGGAAGAGGAGGCUGGAGUCGGCUCUCCAGCUCUGUGAUUUCUGGCUGUUCACCGUGUCCUGAGUGGCACUGAGUGCUUCGUGGCGCUGCUGGUCCCGUGGGGCACGGAAGGGCCGUGUCCCUGGUGUGCGUGGACGCUGUGUCCUUAGGGCUCAGUGCAGGGGGCAGACCCGGUGCGGCUCAGGCCCAGAUGUGAAGCCAGUAGGUGUGGGGCGGGCCCUGGGACUCUGUCUAGCCAGCCCUCAUGCUGCUCCUGGUUGUGGCCACACUUGGAGUGAAGGAGCAGUGUUUGGGGGUGGUGAUGGGAGUGUACCUGUUGUGGAGCACGCUGUUGAGUGGGGGGCUCAGAGCGUGUUUCUGGUGCGUGGGCUCAUCGGCGUCCUGCCCUGUGCAGAGGGGCCCGUGCGAGCCCACACCCUCUUCCCACAUUCUCCCUUCUGCCCCCUCUUCCUGCCCUAUUUUUGAGAUCCACCGUCAGCGUGUGUAUGUGCAUGUUUGCGCAUGUGUGUGUGGAGGGGUCACUCCACCCCAGCUCCCACCGCUAACGUUGCCAUGUCAGGAAGGUUCCUUCCCUCCCCGAUGUCCCCGCGUAAGCUCUGCCCUCCGCUCGGCGGUGCAGACGGCGGGGCGCCCACGUGGUGUGUUUGCAGAACCCCGCUGAUUGGACAGGCCUUCUGAGCACGCCUCACAGGCUCCAGACCUUCACCCGUCAGCCAUGGUUCUCUCUCCUCCUCGCCGCUGUCCCAAACUCGUGCAGAACAAGCGAGGUUUCUUUCAGGUAGGUUUUAUGCCCCAGACGGUCCUCUGGUCUGUUAAAGCCAAGUUCAGAUCUCACCUCCUCGGUUAAUUCACUCUCACACUAACGUCUUCCUCCCCGGUGUCUUCCUGGAGGGACAGCCACGAGACCUGAGCGUGGGCUGCCCCGUCACGCCCGCCGCCCAGGGUUGGGGUGACCGCCACGCCAGGGCCCAGGGUGAGAAGCCACCUGUGGGGCGCACGGUGGGGAGGGCUGAGCCUGUCCCUGCCGCAGCCAGCGAGGGGUUGGGGUUUUCUUCACCUCAGUGUAUUUCUUUUUUAAAAAAAAUUUCUUGGGGGGGAUUAAAUGUUUUUAAAUGACCAAGGCAAGUCAAUAUGUACUAGUACGAAUAGAUACAUGGCAGAUACUUGUACUUUACUGUGUAGUUAAGUGUGACUGUGAGGCUGUCUGCAGUGUUGGCUACUGAACGGUUUGUUUUCAUUCCCUUUUCUCUAGUUUGAACUUCACGUAUGUUUGGGGUUGAGUAGAAAGCCUGUUAAGGCAUCUCAAGCACCACAGACGUUUCUUUCUGAAGUUACAUUGUUAUUUUAUCUGAGACCUUUGUUUGUUUGGGUGAAUAAGACUGUUCUAUAAUUCUGAGACCUUUUUUUUUGGAAAAAAAAUUCCUUAUGUAAUAAUGAUGGCUCUAAAUAAGAGCUUGUCCCUGAACUUCAGGAUGUGUUACUGGACAAGGGAGCAGUGGGCUGCUUGCCCAGAACCAGCUGUGUCAGGGUGAAUCCUGCAGGAGUCAAAGAUGGGCCACUUGUGAGUUGUGUAAAGAAUGUGUUCAUCCUGAGAAUUACGCCUGUUGUUACCAAAUAUGCUUGUUUUCUGAACUGCCUCUAAGAGAAGAGUAAAGGUACAAAUAAAAACCCCAUGAUGACUUCA